AUGAAUGAUAACAUCUUUGCUUUUAACUUUCACUUGCCUCCUCUUUGCUCUUCUCGUUUACAUCUCCACGAUCAUCCUCCUCCGCGCACAAGAGGCACUCUGGGGAAGUUUCUUGUGUUGAUCAACAUUCUUUUUAAACUUCUAAUCUCAUCUUUUGCCUUUAAAACUAGUGUCUCUUUCUCUCUAUCACCAUAUGGAGCAUACGAGUAUGCACUUAGGGAUACAUACUUUGCAAAUGCUGUUAACGAAGCCGUCUAUUCCGUCGAGAGAGGCAGC